CGGCUGUUACCCAGAAAAAUUUAAUAUUUUGUCCGUUUUGUGUCAUUAAAGUUAUAAAAACUAACCAGAUUUAGCCAAGACCUUUUAAAAAAUGGGGAAAAAAUAUUGCUCUGUACGAAAUUGUUAUAACAAAUGCAAUUUGGUGGAAUUGAUUUCCAUGUAUCGAUUUCCGAAGAACCCUGAGAUAUGUGAAAAAUGGGUUGAGUUUUGUAAUAAAGACGUUCUCAAUGAUGUGCUGGUACUUCGAGGGACGGAAGCUUUGCAUACUUCGGCACACUAUGUAUGUUCAGACCACUUCUCAAAAAGCUGCUUCAAUAACCCAGCCAACACUUCUCAAGGUUUGAAAAAAGGAAGUAUUCCCUCAAUUUUGACUAAAAUUCCACGACUAGGGGCUACUCGAAAAUCACUCGUUUUAGCAAAUAGUUUGACACAUCAGCAUACUGUAAAACCAACUGUAAGUACGCCGGAUGAACGGGUAGAAGUUUUUUGUCCGAAUUGUGAAGAAAUAGAACAAUUUAAAUCAAAAUUUUUCGAAGAGAGGUUUCGGGCUGCCGAACUGGUUAAACAGUAUAAUGAAAUACAGGACAAGAUUAAAACUAUUCGAGCUCCGUACAGAGAUCGUCAUCAAGCGCUUGCAAGAAUAAAGAGCAGCACGAAAAGAAUUAAAAUUAAAAUGAAGAAGUUAGCUGUUCAGAAAAAUAUAAAGAUAAACCUAAGUUCAGACGAAAGUUCCGAUGAUGAGUCUGAUUCUAGCUAA